UCAGUGAUUCCUCCAUUGACUUCAACUACACGGUCUACAUGUUCCAGUGUGACUCCACCCAUGGCAAAUUCAAUGGCACAGCCAAGGCUGAGAACGGGAAGCUUGUCAUCAACGGUAAGCCCAUCACCAUCUUCCAGGAGCAAGAUCCUGCUAACAUCAAAUGGGGUGAUGCUGGUGCCCAGUAUGUCGUGGAGUCUACUGGUGUCUUUACCACCAUGGAGAAAACAGGGCCCCACUUGAAGGGUGGGGCCAAAAGGGUCAUAAUCUCUGCCCCUUCUGCCAAUGCCCCCAUGUUUGUGAUGGGUGUGAACCAUGAGAAAUAUGACAACUCACUCAAGAUUGUCAGCAGUGCAUUCUGCACCACCAACUGCUUAGCCCCCCUGACCAAGGUCAUCCAUGAUAACUUUGGCAUCAUGGAAGGACUCAUUACCAUGGUCCAUGCCAUCACUGCCACUGGAGAAAACUCAUCACGGUCACUCAGAGUGACCACUGUGGAUGGUCACUCUGGAAAGCUGUGGUGUGAUGGCUGUGGGGCUGCCUAG